UUUGAUAAUCCUCUCUGUAAAAUAACGGUAACGUGAUUGUAAUUAGCGCCUUUCGGUGGCUGUUAUUUAUUUAUUUUUGCCGAAUGCGUGCGGACAUUAAGAUAUCUGAGACUCGGUUUUCUUACAAUUGCCACCAGGAAUUAUGGCAUACGCGAGGAAAAGUAAAAAAAGGUUAGCUAGAUAAGUAGCUAGAUUUUUGGAAUACGUCGUCGCCUAGCUAGCUGGCGAGUUGAAUGCUUAGCUAGUUUACAGUAAACAGACGCCUGACGCGGUUCUUGCUUAACAAAUCCGGUUUAUUUAUUUUUGUUGCACCGCUCGAUCAUGUUAAUGAAUCCCACCCGAGGAUACCACUGGUCAGACGCGGAGACGAGAGCACUGUUGACUAUUUGGGGAGAACACGACGUGCAGACGGCGCUGGACGGAAACUUCCGAAACAGUCACGUUUACCGCGACGUAGCUGGCCGUUUGGGGGACAUGGGCUACGAUCGGACCCCGGAUCAGUGCCGGGUGCGAGUUAAGAGCCUGAAAAGACAGUACUUCCAGGCGAAAAAGGCAUCGAAGAAAAACGGGCACUAUUCCAAGAUCUUCAGGUUUUAUAAAGACAUGGAGAGGAUCCUGAGCUGCAGGUCGUCAGCAGGCUUGGAUGCCCAUGAUCUAGACGGGAUGGGUGCUGAAGGAGACGAGACCCUGGACGGCACUGAAGAAGAUGGAGAGAGUGUGGACCACCCGCACGAGUCGGACGUGGACGGUGCAGGAGAAUGCUCAAACAUGGAUUACCCUGUGAAAAUCGAGUACCCACCUUACCCCAUCCCGGUGACUGUGGGCAGCUGCAGCAAUGUACCAGAUAUUCCAGCAAAGCAGACUGAAGAGCAGACCACCACCAUGCCGUCCUCUGCAGGAAGCAGGCGGCACAAAAAGCGCUUUGCAAACCUGUCGCUGGAGAAACUUAUGGAGAAGUUUCUGGAACAGAGUUUAGAGGCAGAGGAAAACUUCUAUAGACUCGAGGAGCAGCGGCUCCAAGCCGAGGAUCUUCGCAGGGAGACAGAACACACGAGAGAGAUGCACAUGUUGCAGAUGCUGGGACAGAUGUUUUCUGGUCUCACCGCACCCACGGUCACAUCGUCACCUGCUCCUCAGUCCACUCGGAACUCAAAGACCGGCCCGUCUGUAACUCGUGCACGGACACUUGGUGGCAGCCACAGCCAUCAAACUUGUCAUGUUGAUUACGCCACCCCAAGUCCGCCAGCUGCUCCAGUUAUCGAGCGAACAUUUUCCCUGGGAGGGGUUGCACACAGAAGCAUGGACGUCCUGCCACUGGUUAAAAACAUCAUUCCUCCGCUGACGUCUAAAAAACACAAGGGUCAAGAUGGCCGCAUAGGAGUCAUCGGAGGAUGUCAAGAGUACACUGGAGCACCUUACUUUGCUGCCAUUUCUGCACUGAAAAUUGGUGCGGAUCUUUCCCACGUGUUCUGCACCAAAGAUGCUGCCACUGUGAUUAAAUCUUAUAGCCCUGAGCUCAUAGUUCAUCCUGUUCUAGACAGUCCCAAUGCUGUGCAGGAAAUAGAGAAAUGGCUGCCAAGGCUUCAUAGUCUUGUGGUGGGUCCAGGCUUGGGAAGAGAGGACAAGCUUCUUAAUAAUGCAAAGGAGGUUAUUGAAAAGUCAAAAUCAAGAGGAAUUCCGAUAGUCAUUGACGCAGAUGGACUUUGGUUAAUUUCCAAAGAGCCAUCAGUCAUUCAAGGUUAUCAGAGAGGAAUCCUAACGCCCAAUUUCAUGGAGUUCAGUCGUCUCUAUGAGGCAAUGCACCAUCAGCCCCUGGACAGCACUGACCUCAGGGUCACUGCCCAGCAGUUGAGCAUUGCACUGGGUAAUGUGACUCUGGUUCUGAAAGGGGAGGAGGACAUCAUCACUGAUGGAAACCAGGUGAUAACCUGCAGGCAGGAGGGAAGUGGGCGUCGCUGUGGAGGACAGGGAGAUCUGCUGUCUGGUUCUCUAGGAGUCUUCUCUCACUGGGCUUUCAGUUCAUCGCUAAAUGCAAUUGAUGGUGUGAAUCCUACACUGGUGGCUGCUUUCGGUGCAGCCUCGCUGACCAGACAGUGUAACAAUCAAGCCUUUCUCAAGUACGGCCGUGCCACCACCACCUCUGACAUGAUCCAGGAGAUCUGUGCUGCCUUCAAGAAGCUGUUCGAAACCUGAACUUCUGAACUUCUUCAUACGCAUUCUGAGCUUUCAGCUUCAUCCCAGCUCUGUGUUUCUCUCCCUUAAGAAAGAAGGGUUCAAAUGCACAGUUAAAAACAGACACAGUGUUUCAUUCAUAUGAAUUAUUUUGCCUAAAAAAAAUUUUUGUGUCCACCUUUGUCCAUCUUCCUGCUUUUCCAUCAGUCUCCUUUUUAAAACAGCACCUGAAACCGAGCUACACAGCAACACAAUCGCUUUUGCAACUGAAUAGAUGACAGUGAGAUUUACCCCAAACGUGUGUCUAGGUAGUCGACCUUAUUUACUAAAAAUCUACGGCGUUAUCGCAAAGCUGAAAGUAGAUGGUGCACUUAACAGCAAAUGACUCCAUGAUCUAUAGUAGAUUAAACAGAAUAUCACAGCACUGUUGAAUUCUCCAGUCUGAUUUCUCAGAAGGUGUUGAUUUGGUUUUCUAUAUCAGCAGCUCUUACAGUAAUUCCAGUCACACAUUUAUAAGAAUGCACUUAUUCUAAUACGUUAUCUUUUCUAUAGUAACUUGCACAGGAUCUUGUGUGCUGGAUGUUCCACACAUUUAAAAAAAAAAAAAAAAAAAGGCAUAUUGUUGAUAUGAUGAAGUUUUCUGUGAGGAAGUGUCUGUGCUUUGUUACAGGUAAAGCUGGUCCUUAACAUUUACAGACAGGAAAUUCUUCACAUUAUAGAAUGAGGCAGCUUCUCUAAAAUGUGACAAACUAAAUAUUUUCAUCUCCUUAAUUUUAGUAAAGAGAGAAAACAAAUGCUGGCAAACAAAUGUCUGCUUAUAGCUGUUAAGCAAUUGGAGGAACAAAUUUUUUCCCCAGCAUUAAACAUGACUGUAAACCAUAAAAUGUGACCCGUCCUGCUUUUAGGAAAGAAAGCGUUAGUGUUGCUGUGGUAAAAGACAAAUAAAGCACUUGCUGGUUUUGGAAAAUAAUUGGGCGCUGUUUAUAUUUCUUCAUUUUUAUUUCUUUAUUUAAUAUUUAAACCAACUCCUCUGUUCAAAUAACUUUUUCAUAGACAGCAAGUUUCUCUGGCAAUGUUUUUCUGUCCCCCAGAUGUUUCUUUCUUAACAGAGAAAUGUUCACAUAAGCUACCAAAGAAGACGGUUGCUUUGUAUAAAUCACAGUUCAUAAACCCCAUCCACACCAUGUUCACAGGUACCACACCCAUUAUCAUUCAAUAAUUAUGGUGCUCUGUGCUGAAUAUUUUAAUAAAUUUGUGUGUGUGUGGGUGAGUGGGUGGGUGUAGACGAGAUACUCUCAUACAGUUUUAGUACUAGCACAUUGUGCUAUAGUCCUUGAUGUGGUAGAAGGUACAUCACUGACCUGAUAAAAUAGAUACCAAAUAUUUAUUAUUAUUAUUAUUAUUAUUAUUAUUAUUAUUAUUAUUAUUAUUAUUUAGAUGUAUAUUGUUUUGUCAGGUUUAGAUUAUUUUUCUCUUCUUGGCAUAUUCGUUUAACUCCUGUCUUGAAUGGAUAAACCAUUUGUAUGUGAAGUGUUUAAAAGUCAAUCCUAAAAGCAAAUGCUCUUACACGUUGGUCUCCCUGUACAGAAAUUAAAAGCAUCCUUUUAAUUCCUCCCUUUUCCCCUCACAAAGCGUAUGCGGAUCCUGAUAUAUUUUGUUAAGAGCCUUAAACUCUCAGCAAUUUGUGCACAAGUUUCAGAUGACUGUACAUCCAAACAAUAGCAGUGGUAAAAUGUUGCUUUAUUUCAACUGACUGUGUUAGUCAUUUCUCAGAUGCAAUUCUUUUAAGGCAUAUGGCAUUUUAUUUAUUACACACGUAAAAAAAAAAAAAAACAUAAGUGCAGAAAAAUCACUUUCCAUAAGUUCAGUGGCUUAUGCCAGUUAGUCUUCAGGUUUAAUUCCCAAGUAUCUCAACACACGAGGAGUGUAGGAUGUUUUUUGUUUGUUUUUGUUUUGUUUCUGUUUUUGUUUUUUUGGCAGUUGGAUUUUUGUUUCUAAUAAAGUCUCUGAACUCAG